AUGAGGCUCGCAUUUUGUGGCAAUGACAAUGCUUCAGCCUACAACAUCAGUGCUGGUGUCCUAAGAAAUGUCUGCUUUGUGGAUGCCCUCAACUUGGUUCCCCAUGUCUUCUUACUAUUUAUCACCUUCCCGAUUUUGUUCAUUGGCUGGGGAAGCCAGAGCUCCAAAGUCCAGAUUCACCACAAUACCUGGCUGCACUUCCCUGGACACAACCUUCGGUGGAUCCUGACAUUCACCCUCUUGUUUGUACAUGUGUGUGAAAUAGCAGAGGGCAUAGUUUCUGACACACACAUGAAAUCUCGCCAUCUGCAUCUCUUUCUACCAGCUAUAAUGGGAUUUGUGGCUGGCCCCGUAUCCAUUGUCUAUUACCAUAAUAUUGAAACAUCGAAUUUUCCAAAGUUACUGCUGGCUCUCUUUCUUUACUGGAUAAUGGCCUUUGUCACCAAAACGAUCAAGCUUGUCAGAUACUGCCAGGACGGUGUGCCUUUUUCUCAGCUGCGUUUCUGCAUCACUGGAAUUAUGGUCAUUCUCUAUGGGCUGCUGAUGGCUGUGGAGAUCAAUGUCAUUCGAGUGAGGAGGUAUGUUUUUUUCAUGAACCCUCAGAAAGUAAAGCCACCAGAGGAUCUGCAAGACCUGGGGGUGAGGUUUCUGCAGCCGUUUGUCAAUUUGCUCUCAAAGGCGACUUAUUGGUGGAUGAAUACUCUUAUUAUAUCGGCUCACAAGAAACCCGUGGACCUGAAGGCAAUCGGAAAGCUUCCAAUCGCAAUGAGAGCAUUGACAAAUUAUGUUUGUCUCAAAGAAGCGUAUGAGGAACAAAAGAAAAAGGUAGCAGACCAGCCCAAUCGGAGUCCCUCCAUAUGGUUAGCCAUGUACAGUGCUUUUGGACGACCAAUUCUUCUCAGCAGCACAUUCCGUUAUUUGGCUGACUUGCUGGGUUUUGCUGGGCCACUAUGUAUUUCUGGCAUUGUCCAGGGCUUCCAGAAUACAACCAAUAAUACAAAUACAACAGAACAGGUGAAGGAUCCAUCAAAUUCAUAUCUUUCCUCAGAGGUAUUCCUCAGGAAUGUUUAUGUUUUGGCAGUUCUUCUCUUCCUGGCCCUCAUCUUGCAGAGGACAUUCCUGCAGGCGUCCUACUAUGUGACUACAGAAACUGGCAUCAACCUACGAGGUGCUUUACUGGCCAUGAUAUACAAUAAGAUACUGAGGCUUUCCACCUCCAACUUGUCCAUGGGAGAGAUGACGCUGGGACAAAUCAAUAACUUGGUUGCCAUAGAAACAAAUCAAUUAAUGUGGUUCUUGUUCCUGUGCCCUAAUCUGUGGGCAAUGCCUGUUCAGAUAAUAAUGGGCGUUAUCCUACUAUACAAUUUACUCGGAGUGAGUGCCUUGGUCGGUGCUGCUGUCAUUGUACUGUUAGCUCCGAUACAGUACUUCAUAGCUACGAAGCUGGCUGAGGCUCAGAAGAGCACUCUUGAUUAUUCUACUGAGAGAUUAAAGAAAACCAAUGAGAUACUGAAAGGCAUCAAGUUAUUAAAGCUGUAUGCCUGGGAACACAUAUUUUGUACUAGUGUGGAAGAAACAAGAAUGAAGGAACUCACCAGUCUCAAAACCUUUGCACUUCACACAUCUCUUUCCAUUUUCAUGAAUGCAGCCAUACCAAUAGCAGCUGUUCUUGCGACCUUCGUGACUUACGCAUACACCAAUGAGAAACCACUGCAACCUGCCCAGGCCUUUGCUUCACUGUCCUUGUUUCACAUCCUGGUCACACCACUCUUCCUGCUCUCCACUGUGGUUCGUUUUGCAGUCAAAGCUAUCAUAAGUGUACAGAAGCUAAAUGAGUUUCUCCUGAGUGACGAGAUUGGAGAUGACAGCUGGAGAGGUGGGGACAGCUCUGUGGCUUAUGAAUCCUGUAAGAAGCACACAGGACUUCACACCAAGGCCAUCAACAGAAGGCAGCCCUUGAGGUACCAGCUUGAAAGCUAUGAACAGCCAACAAGGAAGCAAACACGUCCUGUGGAGAUAGACGAUAUCGCCAUCAAGGUGACCAAUGGAUACUUUUCAUGGGGAAGCGGUUUAGCUACAUUGUCAAAUAUAAACAUCAGAAUCCCAACAGGUCAGAUGACAAUGAUUGUGGGUCAAGUUGGCUGUGGCAAGUCAUCACUUCUCCUUGCUAUAUUAGGAGAGAUGCAGACACUGGAAGGAAAAGUUCACUGGAGCAAUGUAAAUGAAACUGAACCUUCUUUUGAAGCAUCCAGAAGUAGAAACAGAUACUCAGUGGCUUAUGCAGCCCAGAAGCCGUGGCUGCUGAAUGCAACCGUGGAGGAGAACAUUAUCUUUGGGAGCCCAUUUAAUAAACAGAGGUACAAAGCUGUUACAGAUGCGUGCUCUCUGCAGCCCGACAUUGACUUACUACCAUUCGGUGAUCAGACAGAAAUUGGAGAAAGGGGGAUUAAUUUAAGUGGCGGCCAACGACAGAGAAUCUGUGUGGCUCGAGCACUCUAUCAGAACACCAACAUUGUCUUCUUGGAUGACCCAUUCUCUGCACUGGACAUUCACUUAAGUGAUCAUUUAAUGCAGGAAGGGAUUUUGAAGUUUCUGCAAGAAGACAAGAGGACUCUUGUUCUGGUGACUCAUAAGUUACAAUAUCUACCACAUGCUGACUGGAUAAUAGCGAUGAAGGAUGGAAUGGUGCUUAGAGAAGGGACAUUAAAGGAUAUCCAAAACAAGGAUGUUGAGCUAUAUGAACACUGGAAAACUCUGAUGAAUCGCCAAGAUCAAGAACUGGAAAAGGAUAUGGAAGCUGACCAGACUACUCUUGAGAGAAAAACCCUUAGAAGGGCCAUGUACCCCAGAGAAUCCAAAUCACAACUGGAAGAUGAAGAUGAAGAGGAAGAAGAGGAAGAAGACGAAGAUGAUAAUAUGUCAACUGUCUUGAGGCUCAGAACAAAGAUGCCAUGGAAAACCUGCUGGAGAUACCUAACGUCAGGAGGAUUUUUCUUGCUCUUUCUGAUGAUUUUCUCAAAGCUGUUGAAACACUCGGUUAUAGUGGCCAUAGAUUAUUGGCUUGCUACGUGGACAUCCAUGGACAAUGCAAAUGAAGUCAGGAAUGCUGAUGAUGUUGAGAGCACAAAUAAGACUUAUCAUGUAGCUGUCUUCAGCAUCCUUUCUGGAGCAGGGAUUGUCCUUUGCCUUAUCACAUCUCUGACCGUGGAGUGGAUGGGCCUUACAGCAGCCAAGAACCUACACCAUAAUCUCCUCAACAAGAUAAUCCUUGGACCAAUCAGGUUCUUUGAUAUGACUCCAUUGGGGCUAAUUCUAAAUCGAUUCUCUGCUGAUACGAAUAUCAUUGAUCAGCACAUUCCUCCUACGCUGGAGUCCCUUACCCGGUCCACCUUACUCUGCCUGUCGGCCAUCGGAAUGAUCUCAUAUGCCACUCCAUGGUUCCUUGUUGCCCUUGUGCCUCUCGGGAUAGCAUUUUAUUUCAUCCAGAAAUACUUCAGAGUUGCUUCCAA